CACAAUUUCACCAUUUGGAAGUUUGUAUUUGAUUCAGUCGCUCAUUCUUUUUUUAAAAAACAAUCACAUCAAUACAAACUCACAGAUCACAAUGUCCGCAACACAAGCAAAGCGGACUGUUGCGCUGAUUGGCGGCGAGUUUUCAGGCGGUCAACCAAAGGGCGGCGUCGAGCGUGCGCCAAAGAUGAUGCGCCAGGCCAAGAUUGUCGAUCAGGUCAAGGCUCUUGGCUACGAGGUCAACGACUGCGGAGACCAUGCAUUCCCGUCGCCCGAUGCUGCCAACUCGAGCGCCGAUCCGCCGGCAGGCAUCGUCAAAAACCCGCGCACAGUUGGCAACGCGUGCAAGCAGAUUUACGACAUUGUUCAAGCAGCCGUCAAGCGAGACGAGAUUGUCUACACGAUUGGCGGCGAUCACAGCCUUGGCUUGGCGACGGUCGGUGGGCACGCUGCCUCACGCCCCAACCUGUGCUGCAUCUGGGUCGACGCGCAUGCCGAUAUCAACACUGCGGAAACGACUGGCAGCGGCAACAUGCACGGCAUGCCCGUGUCCAUCCUGCUCGGCCUGCAAAAGCCGCAAGACAUUCCCGGCUUUGAGUGGUUCAACCCCGUCAUGACCACUGCCGACAUUGUCUACAUUGGCCUGCGUGAUCUGGACGAGGGCGAGCGCUCCAUCAUCCGCAAGUUUGGCAUGAAGGCAUUCACCAUGCAUCACGUCGACAAGUAUGGCAUUGGUCAGGUCGUCCAAAUGGCGCUUGAUCACGUCAACCCCAAGCGAGACCGUCCGAUUCAUCUGAGCUUUGAUGUCGAUGCUUUGGAUCCCGCGAUCGCACCUUCCACCGGAACCACCGUGCGAGGCGGCCUCACCUUCCGCGAGGGCCACUACAUUUGCGAGGCAGUGUACGAGACUGGUCUGCUUCGUGGCUUGGACAUUAUGGAAGUCAAUCCGGCGCUUGGCAACGACAAGGAGGUUGCCGAUACGAUCGCGAUUGGCUGCUCGUUGACGCGCUGCGCUCUCGGCGAGACCUUGCUAUAAACAUGGGCAAAAGCGAGGUCCAGCACCACAGUGGUUUGAGGUUGAUCCCGCGGGGCACAAACAGCUACUGUUCAUGUAGAUUGCCGAGCAAGGCAACAGGAACAAUUGGCACCAGCAACUUGUCCCAAAAAAACAAAAACCUGUCGUGCUGCGAUUGAUGUCUUUGUCUCUCAAUGAAUUAUUGCUAGAAAUCUCA